UUAUAUUGAAAAAUAAAAUUAUAAUAAUUAUUCAAAAGAAAAUUUGCUUGUAGUUUUACCGUUUCACAAAAUUAAAAUUAAAUAUAAUCAAAAUUAAGAUACAUAGAAAUAUUUAAAAAAAAUUUUUUAAUAUUGAAUAUGAGUGUCUUAAGUUCACCCCUUAAGGGGUUAAAUUGGAUUAACCUACUGAAAGCUGGAUUCAUUUUUUUUGGAUUAAUUAUAUUAAUAUCGAGUGUAAAUUCAUAUGAAAAAAUCUUAAGUCAUAUAGAAAAACAAAGAUAUGAUGGAUGGUAUAAUAAUCUGGCACAUCCCGAUUGGGGAUCAGUUGAUAGUCAUCUAGUUCGUAAAGCACCACCAGCCUAUUCAGAUGGAGUAUAUGCAAUUGCUGGUUUAAAUCGGCCAUCAACAAGACGUUUAAGUCGUUUAUUUAUGCGUGGUGUUGAUGGUUUAGGUUCAAAAUAUAAUCGUACAGCAAUGUUAGCAUUUUUUGGACAAGUUGUUGCUAAUGAAAUUGUAAUGGCAUCAGAAUCUGGUUGUCCAAUUGAAAUGCAUCGUAUUGAAAUUGAAAAAUGUGAUGAAAUGUAUGAUAAAGAAUGCCGGGGUGAUCGUUAUAUACCAUUUCAUAGAGCAGCAUAUGAUCAAAAUACUGGUAAAAGUCCAAAUGCACCAAGAGAACAAAUAAAUCAAAUGACAGCAUGGAUUGAUGGUAGUUUUAUAUAUAGUACAUCAGAGGCAUGGUUAAAUGCAAUGAGAUCAUUUCAAAAUGGUAGUUUAUUAACAGAUAAAGAUGGUAGAAUGCCAGUUAGAAAUACAAUGCGUGUACCAUUAUUUAAUAAUCCAGUACCGCAUGUUAUGAGAAUGUUAAGUCCAGAAAGAUUAUUUUUACUUGGAGAUCCAAGAACAAAUCAAAAUCCGGCUGUACUUUCAUUUGCAAUAUUAUUUUUAAGAUGGCAUAAUGAAAUAGCAAGACGUGUUAAAAUAAAGCAUCCAGCUUGGAGUGAUGAAGAUAUUUUUCAAAGAACACGACGUUUUGUUAUUGCAAGCUUACAAAAUGUUAUUUUAUAUGAAUAUUUACCAGCUUUUCUUGGUUCUGAAAUUCCACCAUAUGAAGGUUAUAAACAAGAUGUUCAUCCUGGUGUAGGACAUAUAUUUCAAGCAGCUGCAUUUAGAUUCGGUCAUACUUUAAUACCACCUGGUAUUUAUAGACGAGAUGCAAAAUGUAAUUAUAGAACUACACCUAUGGGUUAUCCUGCCGUACGAUUAUGUUCAACAUGGUGGGAUUCAAAUGACUUUUUUGAAGUUUCAUCUGUUGAAGAGGUGCUAAUGGGUAUGGCUUCACAAAUUUCUGAACGUGAAGAUCCAGUUCUUUGUUCAGAUGUUCGAGAUAAAUUAUUUGGGCCUAUGGAAUUUACUCGUCGUGAUUUAGGUGCUUUAAAUAUUAUGCGAGGUCGUGAUAAUGGUUUACCAGAUUAUAAUACAGCAAGAGAAGCUUUUGGUUUACCCAGACGAAAAGAAUGGAAAGAAAUAAAUCCUGAAUUAUUUGCUGCACAACCUGAUCUCCUAAAGCAACUUGUCUCUGCUUACAAUAAUCGUUUGGAUAAUGUUGAUGUUUAUAUUGGCGGUAUGCUUGAAUCAUUUGGAAAACCAGGAGAACUUUUUACAGCUGUAAUUAAGGAACAAUUUACAAGAGUUCGUGAUGCAGAUCGUUUCUGGUUUGAAAAUGAAAAAAAUGGUGUCUUUACCAAGGAGGAAAUCGAAGAAAUACAAAAAAUUACACUAUGGGACAUUAUUAUAAAUAGUACGGACAUAAAUCCGGGUGAUAUUCAAAAAGAUGUUUUUAUGUGGCACGAAGGAGAUCCUUGCCCACAACCAAUGCAAUUAAAUGCUACUAAAUUAGAACCAUGCAGCUAUUUGCAAGGAUACGAUUAUUUUUCUGGAUCUGAAUUUAUGUUUAUUUAUGCUUGUGUUUUCCUAGGAUUUAUUCCGAUUUUGUGUGCAGCUGCUGGUUAUUGUGUUGUAAAAUUGCAAAACAGUAAAAGAAGAAAAUUGAAAAUCAAACAAGAAGCCUUAAGAACUGCUCCAAAUCAUAAAGGUUCUGUUGAUAAAAUGUUGGCACGAGAAUGGUUACACGCAAAUCAUAAACGUUUAGUUACUGUUAAAUUUGGACCAGAAGCUGCAAUUUACACAGUAGAUAGAAAAGGUGAAAAAUUAAGAACAUUCAAUUUGAAAAAUGUUGAUAUGGUAACAGUCGAAGAAUCACAAGCAAAUCAUAUUAAAAAGAAACCAUAUAUACUAUUAAGACAUCCAACAGAUCAUGAUUUAGUUCUUGAAUUAGAGUCAUAUGGUGCUAGAAGAAAAUUUGUAAAAAAACUAGAAGAUUUCUUGGAAUUGCAUAAAAAAGAAAUGUCAUUAGUUGAAAUUAAUCGUGAUAUGAUGUUAGCUAGAGCUGAAACCAGAGAACGUCGUCAAAAACGUCUUGAAUAUUUCUUCCGUGAAGCGUAUGCGCUAACAUUUGGUUUAAAACCAGGAGAACGACGUCGAAGAUCAGAUGCUUCAACCGAUGGUGAAGUUAUGACCGUAAUGAGAACAAGUUUAUCAAAAUCAGAAUUUGCUGCUGCUUUAGGAAUGAAACCAGAUGAUAUGUUUGUAAGAAAAAUGUUUAAUAUUGUAGAUAAAGAUCAGGAUGGUAGAAUUUCAUUUCAAGAAUUCCUUGAAACUGUUGUAUUAUUUUCACGUGGUAAAACUGAAGAUAAAUUACGUAUUAUAUUUGAUAUGUGUGAUAAUGAUCGUAAUGGUGUGAUCGAUAAAGGUGAAUUAAGUGAAAUGAUGAGAUCAUUAGUUGAAAUUGCUAGAACAACAAGUUUAGGUGAUGAUCAAGUAACUGAAUUAAUUGAUGGUAUGUUCCAAGAUGUUGGUUUAGAACAUAAAAAUCAUCUGACAUAUCAAGAUUUCAAAUUAAUGAUGAAAGAAUAUAAAGGAGAUUUUGUUGCAAUCGGUUUAGAUUGUAAAGGUGCUAAACAAAAUUUCUUGGACACAUCGACAAAUGUUGCUCGUAUGACAUCAUUUCAUAUUGAACCAAUGAUGGAUUCACCGAAACGUUGGUAUCAAGAGAAAUGGGAUUGCUAUACAACAUUUUUAGAAGAGAAUCGACAAAAUAUUUUUUAUUUAUUUCUGUUUUAUGUUAUAACAAUUGUAUUGUUUGUUGAAAGAUUCAUACAUUACUCUUUUAUGGCUGAACAUACAGAUUUAAGGCAUAUAAUGGGUGUUGGAAUUGCGAUAACAAGAGGAUCAGCUGCUUCAUUAUCAUUUUGUUAUUCGUUACUCCUUUUAACGAUGUCAAGAAAUCUUUUAACAAAAUUAAAAGAAUUCCCGAUACAGCAAUAUAUUCCUCUUGAUUCACAUAUUCAAUUUCAUAAAAUUGUGGCUUGCACUGCGCUAUUUUUUUCACUUCUACAUACAGUCGGUCAUAUUGUAAAUUUCUAUCAUGUUUCGACUCAAUCGCAUGAGAAUUUAGGAUGUCUUACAAGAGAAGUUCAUUUUGCUUCUGAUUAUAAACCAGAUAUAACGUUUUGGUUAUUCCAAACUGUAACAGGAACAACUGGUGUAAUGCUGUUUACAGUCAUGUGCAUUAUUUUUGUAUUCGCUCAUCCAACAAUUAGAAAGAAAGCUUAUAAUUAUUUCUGGAAUAUGCACUCAUUAUAUAUUUUACUAUAUUUGUUAUCGUUAAUACAUGGUUUAGCAAGAUUAACUGGCCCACCUAGAUUUUGGAUGUUCUUUAUAAUUCCUGGAAUUAUUUAUACAUUGGACAAGAUUGUAUCAUUACGUACAAAAUAUAUGGCACUUGAUGUUAUUGAAACAGAACUUUUACCAUCGGAUGUUAUUAAAAUAAAAUUCUAUCGUCCACCAAAUUUAAAAUAUUUAUCUGGGCAAUGGGUACGUUUAUCAUGUACAGCAUUUCGUCCAUCUGAAAUGCAUAGUUUUACAUUAACAUCAGCACCACAUGAAAAUUUCUUAAGUUGUCAUAUUAAAGCACAAGGUCCAUGGACAUGGAAAUUAAGAAAUUAUUUUGAUCCAUGUAAUUAUAAUCCAGAAGAUCAACCAAAAAUUCGUAUUGAAGGACCAUUCGGUGGUGGUAAUCAAGAUUGGUAUAAAUUUGAGGUUGCUGUUAUGGUUGGAGGUGGUAUCGGUGUAACACCAUAUGCAUCAAUAUUAAAUGAUUUAGUUUUUGGUACAAGUACAAAUCGUUAUUCUGGUGUUGCUUGUAAAAAAGUUUACUUUUUAUGGAUCUGCCCAUCACAUAAACAUUUUGAAUGGUUUAUUGAUGUAUUAAGGGAUGUAGAAAAGAAAGAUGUUACAAAUGUAUUAGAAAUUCAUAUUUUUAUAACACAAUUUUUCCAUAAAUUUGAUUUAAGAACAACAAUGUUGUAUAUAUGUGAAAAUCAUUUUCAACGAUUAUCAAAAACAUCAAUAUUUACUGGUCUCAAAGCUGUUAAUCAUUUUGGUCGUCCAGAUAUGUCAAGCUUUUUAAAGUUUGUUCAAAAGAAACACUCAUAUGUAUCAAAAAUAGGAGUGUUUUCAUGUGGUCCAAGACCAUUAACAAAAAGUGUUAUGUCUGCAUGUGAUGAAGUUAAUAAAACCCGAAAGUUACCAUAUUUUAUUCAUCAUUUCGAAAAUUUUGGUUAAUUAAAUUGUCACUUAGUAAUUUUUUUUUUUUUUUUUUCAUUUUAGUAAUUUUCAUUAAAUUAAAUAUUAUUAUUAUAUAAUUUUAUACCAUAUUAUUAUGUAAAAUAAAAGAUUAAAAUAAAAAAUGUGUUAUUAUUAUUUUUUAAAUUUGUAAGAAAAAUUCAACAAAACAUGUAAAAA